GUUGAAAGUACCUCGUAUUGAUCCAGCAGGCCAGAGUUAGACGUUCGAUCAUGAGUCCUGAUGUCUAAUUUCUAUGCUCGCUACGUUCCCCCAGCAAGGAAAACUGACACGACCAGUCCCCCGCCGCAUCCCGAGAAGCGCAAGCGAGAUCCAAACACCUCGUCGCGAGAGAAGGAAAGCAAGAAGAUAAAGACUUCAAAACGGACGCAGUCUGUACAAGAUGGAUCUUCAGCGAGUGUACCUCCUGAAGACCUCGCUGCCGCAGGCACCGCUGAAAAUACCGAAGCCAUCAGUGCCAUUGACAAAUACCGUGUGACAAAAGCCGCAAGCAAUGGCAAUUCCUCAAUCAAGAUAAAGAUGCGGAAAUCGAGUGUCCCUGAGGCCGAAGACCGCAACGAUGCUGUAGCAGAGAUAUCGGACCGGAGAGACAAGAGCAAGCACAAAUCAAAAACUGAAGAGGCUGAACAGGAAGGUGACAAUGUUGAAGACGAGCACGACCGACGACACGCAGCCGUCUUUUCCAAGCUGGAGAGAGCCAGGCAGAAAGAGAAGAAGUUAGGUCUACAGCCCGAUCCGCCAUCAGACCAGCCGACAGUCGAGCUGCAUGGGCUGGAACCAAUACCUCAGCCGGAGCAGGUGGCCACGAUCCCAGAGAAACCGACCUAUUCGACUCUGCCUCCCUGGCAAGAAACUCCAACGACCGUUCCAUUAGACACCAAUGCCACUUUUGAGUCCCUCGGUAUAUCAGGUACCCCCUUGGAAAAUUUGCAGAAAGCCAACAUGCAUCGAGCCUUUCCUGUACAAGCAAGUGUGAUACCUUUGCUAUUGAAUGGUCCAAGCAAACAUGAGGGCGAUCUCUGCGUCUCAGCUGCCACUGGCUCUGGCAAGACUCUGGCAUAUGUAUUGCCCAUCAUUGACGGCUUGAGGAGUGCUGUUGGCACAAAACUAAGAGCGGUCAUUGUAGUGCCAACCAGAGAACUGGUGAAGCAGGUACGGGAGCUCUGUGAGCUUUGCGCUUCCGGAACUUCUCUUACAAUAGCCACUGCUGUUGGGAGCAAGUCGCUCAAAGACGAGCAAGAUAAUCUAGUCGAGGAGCAGAAGAUCUACGAUCCGGAACAGUAUCAGAAGCAACUGCGAGCAAAGGUCGACUGGUCCACAUUUUCUCUGGAAAAGCUUCUGCGAAAAGCGCAGACUGAAGACCCCAUCUCUUCAGUUGGAUAUGUGACUCGCUACAAGGCUAAAGCAGACAUCUUGAUAACCACCCCUGGCCGUCUCGUUGAUCAUCUCAAGUCCACCACUGGCUUCACCCUUGACAACGUGAAAUGGCUGGUUGUGGACGAAGCUGAUCGAUUGCUGAAUGAGAGCUAUCAGGAAUGGAUUGAUGUGGUAAUUCCUGCCUUACAGUCGCAGGCUGCCACACAGGAAAGAGACGAACUCCUCAGGUCCAUGCGGAUGACUCCACCUAGACGUAGAGUCACCAAAAUCUUGCUCUCUGCCACCAUGACACGCGACGUGUCCAAGCUCAAUGCUUUGGAAUUGCGCAAUCCAAGUUUGAUCAUUCUAGGAGGAUCGUCUGAGAACAAUCGAUCACAACACGCAGCUAGUCAAGUGCUUGAUAAUGGCGCUGAGCUACUUCCAGAAGGUGAAAUUGAUGCAUUUUACCUGCCACCCUCUCUGAGAGAGACAGCACUCCCUAUUCCUGACGGUUCUGAGAAGCCAUUGUAUCUGCUCAGGCUGCUUCGAGAUCACAUAGGAAUUGCGUGCGGCCCAGCACAUGAACAAGACCAGGUUCUUGAUGAAUCAAGCUCCGACACCGAUUCGGAUUCGGAUUCCGGCUCGAGCUCGGAUUCAGCCACGGAUUCAGACACAUUGUCCGAUUCAGAGAUCUCAUCAUCCUCAGAGGACGCCAGCAGCCCUGUCAGCGCCAGGUCGCGGGAUGGCAAAAGCCCUGCCCAGAGUCGUCCAAGUCCUCAGGACAGUCGGACGGAGCUCAAGAAAGACCAGAAGAAACCUCGCGCCUUGAUCUUCGCACGCUCGACGACCUCUGCCAACAGGCUUUCUCGGCUGCUGGCACUUCUCUGCCCGUCUCUUGAACCUCGAAUAUCCACACUGACCCGCAGUACCGCUUCAUCAGCGUCAUCUCGCCGUGCAUUGUCAUCCUUCAGGAGCGCCAAGAUAUCGAUUCUGAUUUGCACCGACCGUGCCUCACGUGGAUUGGACGUGCCGGAUCUUGAGCAUGUCAUCUCGUACGAUGUGCCCAAUAAUGCUCUGACUUACGUUCAUCGGGUAGGUCGAACAGCUCGCGCGGGGAAACAAGGCGAAGCCUGGACUAUGGUCGAGCAUAGGGAGGGAGCCUGGUUCUGGCGAGAGAUUGGAGGAAAAGGACAAAAGGUCCGUGGUGCCAUUGGAGAUGAACAUCAGUUGCAGAGGCACAGCAAAAUCAGGCGCCUUACACUGAGCGUUGAAGACGAGGUACUCAGACAAAGAUACGAAAAAGCUUUGCAGACGUUGGGCAAGGAGGCUCGCGGAGGCUGAUGUUCCAGCUUGAAGCACCUCACGACCUGUACAGCGGUUCGCCGCUCCCUCGCCUCGAAAUGAGAAUACACUUCGAACUUGAGCAUUCCCCCCUUUCCGCCACUUCGGCCGGCAACUUGCAGUCCAGUAAAUCUAGGCAUUCCGCAAGAAAGGUACUGAUUACAUCAGGUUGCAGCUUUCUGUCCGACGCUGGGACGGGGCCGGAUUAGGGCAAAAAUUCAACCUUGCAAUACCUCCACGUCCAGUUACGGAUAAAGUGUAGACA